GCAUAGAGAAAGGACAGGGCAGUCACUCGCAGCCAACGUCCGUCAACCGAGUUAUGACAUCUGCGCGCAUGAUUAUGACAUGUGUUAUGACUCAGAAGAUUUUCUUGGUGCUAGUCUUAGUUUUUAAGCUGGUGGACGGAGUCUACUUGCCGCAAUCAGAAGAUGGCAUUCUAUCCUUCCUGGCUCUUGGAGAUUGGGGUGGCGUGUCCUUUACACCAUACACUACGCCAGACGAAUUGGGCUGCGCCAAUCAAAUGGGAGCCAUAGCCAAGAGGAUCAACUCCACCUUCGUCUUGGCCCUGGGGGAUAACUUCUACGACUUUGGCAUACGGACUGAUGCCCACGACAAAAGAUUUAAGGAGACUUUUGAGGAUGUCUUCACAGCCCAGUCAUUGCAGACGCCAUGGUACAUCAUUGCCGGGAAUCAUGACUGGCGUGGCAAUGUCACGGCAGAGCUGGAAUACACAAAAUUAUCUAAAAGAUGGACUUUCCCAUCGUUGUACUACGCCUUCAAUCACACCAUCCCAGGAACCAAAGUGAAAGUGGCCUUCAUCAUGCUGGACACCCAGGUGCUGUGCAGCAUCUUGGAUGAGUUCAGUACUCCGGAAGAGCUGGCGGGGCCUUUGGACAAGAUUGCAGCAGAGAAGGAAUGGCAGUGGGUCGAGGAGCAACUGAAGGCAACGCAAAGUGCGGACUAUGUGAUUGUCGCUGGUCAUUAUCCGGUGUGGUCUAUAGCAGAGCAUGGGCCUACAGAUUGUCUGGUAUCCCGGCUCAGACCCCUGCUUAUCAAGUACAAUGUCAGUGCUUAUUUCUCCGGGCAUGACCACAAUCUUCAGCAUUUGCGGGAAGACAACUUGACAGUGGAUUACUUUGUGAUCGGGGCUGGCCACAUCAUCGACACUUCCGAAAGUCACAAGGACAGUGUACCCCACAACUCCCUCAAGUUCCACUAUGCAGACAUUGCUGGUAAGGGAGGCUUUGCCUAUGUGCAGACGACACCAAAGAGUAUGCGGCUGAUCUUUUCUGAUGGGUUGGCUGGUAAGGAUUUAUACUCGGCCGAAAUCAGACCCCGAUCCAAGGUUACAAGGUUAAACUAGGACACGUGCAAACCUAGCAUGCCUAGUGUGGACAGUUGUUUUUGUAGUCAAGACAAGAGAUGCUUAAUUUGCUUGUACCAUCACAGUGAACACUCUUUUAGCUGGAUUUUUAUUGGUUUUCUGAAAUGUUUCUUAUCCUUUUGGUGGCUGUGAUAAGUCUAUCCAGGAAUUCCACCGAAACUUUUUCCAGAAAACAAAGUGGCCUUCUGUGGUCGACAUGGCUUAGUCCCCAAAAGGUUCGUGUGAACCACUUUUUGUUCAAGGGUCCACACUAACUCAAGUGAGGAUCUCAGAACCAAUUUUUUGUUUUUUUAGUGGGGUAGGGGUGAGGGUAAACUUGUUUUGGGGUCCCAAAAUUUGGAAAUUUUUGCAAGUAGCCCUCAGUCUUUCUGAGGGGUGAGGCUACAUUUUGGGCUUUUCACCCAAUGAAGUAGACGAAGUUGUUCCGAAAGAAAAAAAAAUUGGGAGAGGGGCAUGGCCUCAUCCACCCUUGCUCUCCCCUGUGAAAAGAUUUACACCUUUGUCACUGAAUUCUGCUGGAUUUAGUUGACUGUAUCGGCUUCAGUGGGAUACUUUGUUAGAUUCAGCACAAUUCCCCAAGAAUUCCUAAAAGUUUUUUUUUGAAGUCCAGUGUACGCAACAGGAAAACCAAUACUCUGAACAACGAAAAACACAUUUUCCCCCCUUUUUUUUGGGGGGGGGGGAAUACAAGAUUCAUUGUACCAGUCGUUCACAUUUUUUCGGGGUGGAUGGUUCGAUGGAGUUAGCUGGCCUUCUCUUUAACUACAGGCAUAUGGUACAUUUGAAGUUCACUCAUUAAUUAACCCUAACAGUCCUCGGUCCUCCAACAGGUGAAGGAUUGAGGAGUGUUAAGGACUGUACUUGAAUUGGGGUUUUUUUUUGUGUAGGGGUACCUCUUGCAAUCCUUGGCCAUGUUGUCAGUAAUAUGUAUUAUCAAGUGUCUGUAACUUUUUUAUUUUCAUAUUGGCAGAAAUUCUUCCAGUUCGUAUCAGUGUGCACACAGGUUUUCAAUUUGGCUGGGAAAUGCCACUUUAAGUAGGUUUCUCUGGCUGGGUUGAUUUAAAAAUUACCCAGAUAAGCAUAACGCCCUCUCAAAUUUGUUUAACAAUGAGUGCACUUGCAUUUGAACAAUAGAAAAGUCCACUGAUUUUCUUCUUUGAGCCAUCUUGAAAGUUCAGUGAAAGGUAAAAAGUUGUCUUGGUGAGGCUUGUUCUUGCAUUCAAAUUCAUCAGAAGCCUUGGAAAGAGCUUGAUCACAAUAGUCUUGAAUUUCAUUUAAUCAAGUGACAUACAAUAUCAACAUGUAAGACAAUUCACAUUUGUUUGUGUACAUGUAUGUGGCAACUGUGCUGUCAUUCCUAUUUGCAUAUCCUAUUCACAGACAUACAUGUAUUGUUUAUAUAAAACUGAAGAAUUUUGGCUAACGUGUUGCAUCUUUUCCAUGUUGUGCUAUUAUAAAGCAGUAUUGACUUUCUUUAACACUCCUAUGCAAAGGCACAUUCUUGACUAAGUUGUCCUAUCAGCCAAAUCAGACAAAUGACACGGUUGUCUGUACUGGCUGGGUUAAAUCAAGUGGAAAAAAUUUUUGACUGUCUGUGACUGUCAUAGCAAAAGGUUUAAUAUGAUGAAUGGUAAUUAAUUUUUCGUACACAAGGCAGUAUUUGAUACAUGAAUAAACACCAAAGCACAUAAUACCAAAGUAUUUUUAAAAAUGUCAAGCAGCUCCAGUGUACCCCUACACAUGAAACUGAACGACAUCAACUGUGCCCACACUAUCAGGACACAGGUCAUCCCGUGUGCUACCAGAUAUUUAUAGAUUAAAGUGCUAUAACUUGAGCCACUACAAUCAGUGCAAUGUACUCUCAGUAUAAUUAGUGAUGACAAACCAAUUUUGGCAAUGAAAGGAAAGACGCUAAAGUUGGUGAGAAUUACGCACAUGCAACAAGAACGUGUCUGGAUGAUGACUGCAUGUGCAACAUUGACAAAAUGAUCAACAGGAACAAUUCGAAUCAGUUUAAGGUAAUCAUGCACAGAGCAGAGGCAUUUAAAAAGCUGCGACGCCAACUUAAAUAAGCCAUACACGAAUAGAUUUGUCAUGUCUUUCUUUGUGAUUAUCAAACAUGUCAAAGUACAGUGUACUUAUGUAAAUGUGAUUAAGGAGUUGUCUUGAUAAAGGAUUUUUUUUCUCCAGUUCCAAUCAUGGUGUCAUUUCUGUGACAAUGGAGAGGUCUUGUUGACAUACCGUAGCAUGUAAUUCAUAAUGCUUUCCCCAAAAAAUUGGACCUUGAUUAAGAAAGUUACCAUUUUUUAGUGUCUCUGUCAGCACAUCAUAAACAUGUAUUUGCAAGAAAGUAUUAAUUUGUGCUUUAUAGUUGAAACUAUACUCAGGAUAUGUACAUGUACUUACUAAUAUUCAUAAAAAAGUCAAUCCACUGAGUUUAUAUAAUGGAAAUUUCUGACCAUGUGCAGUACUUAAUUAACCGAUUGAGCCAUUGGAAAAACAGGCUAUAGAGUACCGAAGUGAAUCUGGCACACAGUUGUUUGUAAAAGGCAUGAGUGAAAGCCAGUGCGUGAACCAACACGCACCUGCACUCCACUCAUGCACACCUCACUUCAUGGUUCAGAAUGUCACACUUCAGUAUCUAUGUUGCCCGAAUGAGACAACAGUGGUAUACAGUAUUAAUUCUGUGACUACAUUGUAGUGAGAAAUUUUUCACUCUGCAGUAUUUCAAUAUGCGUGACCUGUGUCUACUAUUUUCGUUACAUGUAUUAGCGUGUAGUGAUAGGUCGAAAGAUAUCCUGUGGAAAAACAACAGGCAUGAGAGGAGUCGAUAUUUCAAAAACACUUCGUACAAAUGCAUUUCAGUGUUUUUGUUAAUAACAUAACUGUAUUGUGUAUCAGUCUGGGGUAUUGCCAUAUUUGGAUGGGCUAUUACCAUAUUUGGAUGGGCUAUUACAUAUCUUGUGCAAUCUGACCAAUCACAAGGCCUGUUCCAGCAGACCAUGAUGGAUUGUCGGUGUUAAGGGGUGCUCUCUUAAACAUUGGAGCAUAUGGAACAAAAACCAAGGUUAAAAAAUUCUGUUUGCAACACUUUGAUUGGCAGUGCAAAAAUAAAAUCAUUACUGACAUGUAUCAACUGGACGUUCUAUAUCAUGUUUGUACCAAUUCGAUUUAAAAUUCUUCGCUGCCAACUCGAGAUAAUUAGUGUUGAAGUUGGCAAAAAAAUUCCUGUAUCGGUAGGGGCAGAAAGGUGACGCCCAUAUAUGGUUACACUCCCGACUGUGCACGAGUAAAUAUUGGCACUAGAACAUUGUACAAUUACAGUGCUUUCAAAAGUUCAUACAAAAUAUCAUAAAAGGUAAUUGUGUCAUUUGUUUCCUUUCAAGCUGUAAUCUGGAUUUGUUUUUAUUUUUAAAUUGAAGAGAUGUUCAAACGAUAUAAACAUAUACAAAGUCAAAACGAAGCACUGUGGACAUAAUGGAAAUUCCAUUUACAUGAAGAUACAGGUUUCGAAACGAAUGAGAAACAAAUUAAAAGAACAAAAGACUGCCGCCUUUGAAAA